AUGGACGGCCAGGCCGAGUUUGUCUGGUUGCCAAAGGAGUAUCAGGGAACGAGCGAGGAGCAGAUCAACGCAUAUAUCCAAAGCCUUGGGGUUAAAAACCCCAAGGCUGCGAUCCGCGUGGGCCCGAUAUCGCCGGGUGGCUGGGUCGGGUCGGCACACUACCAGAUGCUGAUACCAUUCACUGACAAUCAAGAGGACACGGAGACCUAUGCGCGUCUGACCGGAGAAAGGUUCGACCUUGACCUUGGAAAGUACAAGGAAUCCCCUUGGGCCGACUGGUCAAAGCUGGAUAUCAAGGGCAAGCCAGAAGGCAUUAACUUCCAGCCCGAAUUCGACGACCGCUCCGGCGCCGGCACUCCUGGCGAAUACUGCAAGCGUGGCGUCAAAAGCUGUGACGCCCGCGGCGGCUCCAACAAGCCUCUCGGCAGCGGUUCCAACAAGGGGCCUCUCGACGGCGACAGCACCAAGAAUCCCUCAACUGGUGGCAACACCAAAAACCCCUUGAAUGGCGGCAGCAACACCAAGAAUCCAUCAACUGGCGGCAGCAAUAAGACGCCCUUGAAUGGCGGCGGCAACAAGGCAGCCUCGACCGGCACCAAUACCCCCAACACGCCUGCGAUGGGUGGCCGUUCCAACGCCAUGCCCCUUGCGAGUCGCUCCAACGGCAACCGGCCCCCUGGAACCAGAGGUGGGAGGAAGGCAGCCGGUGUGGCGUAG